ACAUAUCGGAACAAGUGUUCGAAGUGGAGUGAAGCGAGGGUCAUACAACCGAGAACAUAUGACUCGCGCAAUGUUGCUUGCUCGAGUGGAGCCGCUGCACUGUGACGUCAUCACCAGGCGCGCAGGGCUCCGAAGGACCCCGACUAAUGUUGGGGCCCGAUCACAUCGCCGCCGCCUGUUUGGGUCCAGAAUCACGGGACUGUGAUUGACCAUCUUGCGUUCGUUCUAGCGUUAAGUGUUGGGAGAAUGUGUGCGAGGAGGACAGCAGAGUACGAAGAGGAACUUUGGGGACCAAAAGAGGAGAAGGAGCCACAACGUCAAUUACUGGACGCUGUGUUCAAUCUGCAGCCUCCAAAUGUUCAACGCAGAGCAGACAUCAGUGGAAAUAUUUGUACUGAGCGGCAGGUGCCAGAGCCCCCUCACAUUAAAGAGGAGGUGGAGGAGGAGGAUAUCACAAAGUUGCCAUUCACUGGUCUCCGUUUGAAGACUGAAGAUAAAGAUGGUCAAAGUGAGGAGAACCGAGCAGCGGAGCAGACAAGCAGCAACUCAAGUCUACACAUGACCGCAGAAGGUGACGGAGAACACUGUGGAGGAUCACAAGAAGAUGGACUCAUCGCUCCAUUGUCAGAUAGUGAUGACCUGACAUCACACUCUUCUGACUAUGAUGAUGAUGAACAGUCUGAAGGUGAUAUGACAGGUCACACUGACAACAAACAAUGGGAAUGUUCUCAGUGUGGGAAAACCUUUGCUUAUAGUAGCCGUUUGAAACGACACAAAAGAACACACACGGGUGAGAAACCUUUUGCCUGCUCAGUUUGUAGUAAAAGAUUUUCUCAGAAGGAACACUUAAGGAGUCACACAAGUACUCACACUGGUGAGAAACCUCUUGUCUGCUCAGUCUGCGGUCAAAGAUUCUCUCAUAAGGGAAGCCUCAUUAUACACACAAGGACCCAUACUGGACAAAAACCUUUUUCCUGCUCAGUUUGUAGUCAAAGAUUCACUCAGAAGGGAGACUUAAGAAAACACAACAGAACCCACACUGGAGAGAAACCCUUUUCCUGCUUAGUGUGUGGUCAAAGAUUCUCUGUAAAGGGAACCUUAAAAGCGCACACAAGAACACACACUGGAGAGAAACCCUUUGCCUGCUCAGUUUGUGGCCAAAAAUUCUCUCAUAAGGGAAGCAUGAAAAUACACACAAGAACCCAUACUGGAGAGAAACCUUUUCCCUGCUCAGUUUGUGGUCAAAGAUUCUCUCGUAGGGGAAGCUUAAGAAUACACACAAGAACCCAUACUGGAGAGAAACCUUUUCCCUGCUCAGUUUGUGGUCAAAGAUUCUCUAAUAGGGGAAACUUAAGUAUGCACACACGAACCCAUACUGGUGAGAAACCUUUUCCCUGCUCACUUUGUGGUCAAAGAUUCCCUCUCAAGGAAAGCUUAAAAAGACACAUAAGAGCACACACUGGAGAAAAACCCUUUGCCUGCUCAGUUUGUGGUCAUAGAUUCUCCAUAAAGGGAAACUUAAAAGCACACAUCAGAACUCACAAAGGCAAAAGGGACGCUUGAAAAUACACACAAGAACCCACACUGGUGAUUAAACCCUUUUCCUGCUCAGUUUGUUCUAAAAGAUUCACUCGGAAGGGACAGUUUAAUACACACAUAAGCACCCACACUGAUGAGAAUCCUUUUGCCUGCGCUAUUUGUGGUCAAAGAUUCUCUUGUAUGUAUGGGGCUAAGACACACAAGUGUGCUGGUUAGAAUGGCGGUGAUCAGAAAGCUUAGGUUAGGUUUAUUUGAUUAGUUUUCAUUCAGAUAAUAAUUUCAGAAAAGCAACAAAGGAUGAAGCCAUGGCUUAUUAUGCCUCCACUGAGCUUUACAAAACAAAAAACAAACAAAAAAUCCAUCAAUGCACCAACACAAAUUUCAAUAUCUGACACGAGUGAAAUUAGUGAGUAAUAGAACACAUAUUUUGGCUAUUUAGACCUCUAUAGAGUGACUCUCUAACAUGGAAGAGUAUAAAAAAAAGUAUAAAAGAGUCAAUUUCAUUGUCAUACUAAUGUCCAGAAAAGGCUCCUCUGACAGCUACUUCUGUUUGACCCAGUUUUGUAUGCGCUUUGUCCAUAUUUGUCUGAUGUCUAAGACCAUCCCUUUCCCUCUGAUUGGUUACCUCUGUGUAGAAGACCCACUUGUGAGAGCACACGUGUUUAUGUUGGCAGCACUGGCUCGGGAGCGGAGCGGUAGGCGGAGAUCUUCGCUAGUGACGUAGAUCAGCUUGAGAAAUUCGAAUUACCUGAUUUCAGGCCUCUUGGCAGAAAAACCUCUGGGAGCUCAGCAAUGCGACGACCAUUUUAAUUAAUAGUACGUGAUUACUGAGGCGCCAUAGAGCCAAUAUUGCAUCCCAAAUACCCCCCAAAAAGUUGGUGUCUUUAAAAUAUGGCACCUUUCAACAAACAAAAAAACAAGCUUUGCACAAAUUUGUCGAAAAAGUCAAAGUAACAAGAAAGUUACAAUGUUUAUGCAAUUUCUUUCAUUUAUACCUUGGUCAUAUAUUUUUUCAGUACUUUAGUUUUUAAGUGGCUAAAUAAUACAUUUGUUGCUUCUGGGUAUUUAGAUUGGUUAAUUAUUUUUUUGUUCUUUUCUUUUGUAACUUAAAACAUGGGCUAAGAAUUGGUUUUCCAUGUGUUGCCCCAUGUCUCAACACCGUAAGUCAUGUAUGGAAGUAAUAGUAAGCACUAAAGUGUAUAUAAAGAUUUCAUCUUGAGAACAUCAGUGGUGUUCUAGUUUUUAACGUUGUCUUUAUGUGGCUUCCAACAAAGCUUGGCAUCAAUAAUCACAAAAAAAAUGUGUUUAUUCUUGUACCAUAUAAUCUUUCUAUCUCAAUGUAAUAUGCUGUGAGUUUAAUCUGGUGUUUAAUUUUUUUAGUGGCAAAAAUGAUCAACUUUUUGUUUAAAUUUAGUGUUUAUAUCAAACCAGUUUUUCAAUGUCUUUUAGUUCAUUUUCCACAGUAUUCAGAAGCGGUUGCAGGUUUUUGUCUGUAUCAGCAAAUAAAACACAUUUGAGUACUUAAGAGACAUUGCAGCUCAUUGAUUGAUUGAUUAUCAUUGAGAUAUAAUGUGAAUCAUUUGGGGCCUAAUACAGACCCUUGGGGAACCCCAUACACUUGUCCACAGCAGGUUUUGUAUAGUUUGGAUUUUUCAUUGUUAAAUUGCACAUAUUUAUAUCGAUCCUCCAAAUAAUUCACUUACAAUAUUUACCUACCCUCUGAUGCCAUAGCACUGUUUUUUUCCAUUAUUAUAGUAUGAUUCAGAGUGUUAAAAGCUUUUUUUCAGAUCUAUAAAAAUGUCAACAGUGAAUUCUUCAUUAUCUACUGUAUGCUAGUAGAUAUCCCUACCACAAAAUUCCAUAACUCCCAUUGAGGUGGUCCUUUAUGCGCCAAAACCAAAUUUAUUUUCAUUUGUAAGAUUGUAUUUCCCAAAUAAUUUUUUAACCACAUUUUUAGAACUGUGAAAGUAGAGAUAUUGGUCCAUAGUUAGUAAAUUGAUGUUUAACUAGCUGUUUUCAUUUUUGAAAGGAAUAAAUGGCAGUUUGAAUAGAUUACAGAUGUGAACGUGCUCUAAUAUAACAAUCAGUAGAUUUUUAUUUUAUUUUAUUU